UGAACUGGCAGAAGUUGGGGCUCCCCGCUCGCUCCUCCCAUGUGUUGUGGGGCUGGAGGCAGCUCUGACCCCUCCCAGGGAGGGAGCUGGGCAGAGGCAGCCGAGUUCUUUCAGCAGAGCCUGAUCAGGGACCUCAUCCUGCCAAACCCCAUCCCUCCUGCUCCCAGCAGCCGGGAUCUCGCCGGGCGGCUUCGCUGAACCCCUGUGGGCACUGUCCUGUCCAGCUCGACCCACCAAGGGACAGAGAUGGUGGCCACCUGCCUGCACCUGGCUGGAUUUGUCUGCAGUUUUAUAGGGUGGAUUGGGGUGGUUGUGGCGACGGCCACCAACGACUGGGUGGUGACCUGCGGCUACACCAUCACCACCUGCAGGAAGAUGGAUGAGCUGGGAUCCAAGGGGCUGUGGGCAGACUGUGUCAUGGCAACAGGUCUCUAUCACUGCAAGCCCCUCGUGGACAUCCUCAUACUGCCAGGGUAUGUCCAAGCAUGUCGAGCACUGAUGAUCGCUGCCUCCGUCCUGGGCCUUCCCGCCAUAUUCCUGCUGAUAACGGUCCUGCCCUGCAUCCGGAUGGGCCACGAGCCUGGAGCAGCCAAGUACCGGCGGUCCCAGCUGGGAGGGAUCCUCAUCAUCCUCCUGGCCAUGUGCGGUGUCGUCGCGACGAUCUGGUUCCCGGUGUGCGCCCACCGCGAGACCACCAUCAUGAGCUUCGGCUACUCCCUGUACACGGGCUGGAUCGGCUCUGCCCUCUGCCUCUUCGGUGGCUGUGUCAUCGUCUGCUGCUCAGGAGAUGCCCAGACGUUCGGUGAGAACCGCUUCUACUACGGCUCGGGGUCCAGCUCCCCCACCCACGCCAAGAGCGCGCACGUGUAACCGCCCCAGGGAUGCCCCACGGCUGCCGUCGGAUGCUUUGGCUGGUGGGUUUGUGUGCCCUGGGUUUGCUCCUACUGACACACACGGCUGUCAGGCUCCCAGGGGGAGAUUUAGAAAAAGCAGCACAAAUGUCUGGUAGUUUGAAGCAUUAUUCCCCCCCCAUCUGUUCCCCCUUUCUCUAGAAAGACAGCUCCAACCAGCCCUACCUCUUAGUCCCUCCCCAGUUUGUCCUUGACUGCCUGCCCUGUCUUCUUGCAGCCAGGAUGACUCAGAUGGUUUGGGGUUGUCAUGUGGGUUUUAGGGUUUUUAGUUUAUUUUCUAGCUCCCCUGAUUAUAGGAGAGUUUAAAGCAAUAAAACAGAAAUGAGAGAGACACUUUCCCAUUGUUAGAAGGACUCUGACAGCUUCUCCCCCCACCUCACUGUUUCCUUUCCCCUGCUCAAGGUCUCGGCUCUGGCACAGUUGGGGAGAGAGGAUAGGGAGGAAGGCUGUCCUCUCCCACCGGGCGAAUGUUUCUCUUUUGGAACAAGAGGAGGGGACUUUUCUGCCUUUCUCUGUAAAUACUUUUGUAUCAGUUUCAUCAUUUUAGUAACAGUAUUUCCCCCACCCCCACAGUCAUCAGUAUGAAGGAAACCGAACCCAAAGGUCCUAAUGACGCGGUAGAUAACAGUGCCUUUUCAAAUAGUUAUAAAUGACUUUGGGGGCUCUUAUCCCCACCCUCUGGUUUAGUUUCUUAUCUUUCUUUUGUACAGACCAGUUACUAAAAAUGUAUUUUUACAUUUUUUUAAACUCCUCGCUUUCCUCCUCUAAGUUUGUGUUCUGUAUUUCCUCGUUAAAGCACCACAUUUUAACAUGCAGUAUAAUGUACCUGUUACAAUACAAUUCUGGUGAGUACUGAUGAUGCCUUUGUACUUUCAGUGAAAUACUGUACAAUAAAUAACAGAGUACCUGCAA